GGAAGACUUCUGACAGUUAGCUCACUAGCUAGGAGGUAGCAAUCUCCAUUUAAAAAAAAAAAAGUAUCAUAGCUAAUUAACAACAUUAGCUUGAAUUACAUAUUUCAAUCAGCUGUUAACAUGAAGUUUCAAGCUCGAAUUACAUUAAGGACAUGACUCUGAAAUAAACAUCUGUCCAAUGAAGCAGGAAUCAUUCUGAUGAGGGGGCACCUACAGCUGGCAGGAUGCAGCAGAAAAGGAACAUCCAGAUCAUCGAGUGGGAGGACCUCGACAAAAAGAAGUUCUACUCCUUUGGGGUGUUUAUGACGAUGACCAUCCGAGCUACCAUCUACCCGGCCACACUCAUCCGCACUCGGCUGCAGGUGCAGAGGGGCAAAUCGCUCUACAGCGGCACCUUCGACGCCUUCUUCAAGAUCCUGCGGGCAGAGGGUGUACGAGGCCUGUAUCGUGGCUUCAUGGUCAACACCUUCACUCUCAUCUCUGGCCAGGCUUACAUAACCACCUACGAGCUGGUGAGGAAGUAUGUCUCCCAGUAUUCUGAGGACAAUACGGUCAAGUCACUGGUGGCGGGUGGCUCGGCCUCUUUGGUUGCUCAGAGCAUCACCGUUCCCAUAGAUGUUGUCUCUCAGCAGCUGAUGAUGCAGGGCCAAGGGGAGCACCUCACCCGCUUUCGACUCAAUUCUAAAACAGAGACUGGAAAGCCCAAGAAAGUGUUUGGUCAAACCAGGAACGUUAUGGCUCAGAUUUUUGCUGCUGAUGGUUUCCGGGGCUUCUACAGAGGAUACGUGGCUUCUUUACUCACUUAUAUCCCAAACAGUGCUGUGUGGUGGCCUUUCUAUCAUUUUUAUGCUGAGCAACUCUCUAAACUGGCUCCCAGUGACUGCCCCCACCUGAUUCUACAGGCCACAGCUGGACCUCUGGCUGCUGCUACUGCCUCAACUGUCACCAACCCAAUGGAUGUGGUCAGAGCCAGAGUACAGGUUGAAGGGAGGAAUUCAAUCAUCGAGACAUUCAGACAACUGAUCAAAGAGGAGGGUUUCUGGGGAUUGACCAAAGGACUGUCGGCACGCAUUAUUUCAUCCACACCCACUGCCAUUGUCAUGGUGGUCGGCUACGAGACGCUAAAAAAAAUGAGUUUGAGACCAGAACUGGUGGACUCAAGACACUGGUAGAAGAUACCUGGACAGACAGCGUAUGGACCACGUGCCAUUUUAACCCUCAGCCCCAAAUUAGACUUCCUGUGACAGCACUGGAUGAAAGAAAGGCUUGUUUUAAACAACAGCCUGGGGGAACAAAAUGGAAUCAGGCCGCUUUAAACACACAAAGCAUGUGUUUAAAUCUGUAUUUGACCAUUCACAACAGCCAGAUACAGAUUAAACACCUGGUCAUUAAAAUUCGCACCAAGGUUCGUAGUUUGUUUGUGUCGCUGCUUAACAGGGCUUUAGUGCAAAUGAAAAUGGCGGCUGCAGUAUUAUUUUAACACUGGAAAAUGCAGACAAAUUGAUGCAACCUCAUGGGAUUAAACUCUACAAUCAUGUUUUAUUGUCUUUGCAGUGGAGAAAAGCGGAAUUCAUCACUGACAGAUUGUUAUUAUCUUCAAUAGUUUGUGCUGUCCUACCAAAGCCAAGCAGUGCUGGGCCCACAUAAAAAAAACACCUGGUUUUGAUCAAGGUUUGGAGAAAGGAUCAUUUAACUCAUGACGACGCAUUCACAUCAGCAGUAAAGAGAUUUUUUUUUCCUUACACUCACCAAACUGGCUUCUGUGUCUGUUCUGCACUUCCUUUCUCUUUGCCUUUUUAAAUUGCUGCCUUCAUAUUGUGAGACUAACAAUCUGCUUUUUUGUUUUUUAACUGCUGAAUGUCCGUGAGAAGAACAGUAGGUAUUAGAUUCUGUAACGUGGCAGUUUUUAUAUUGUGGGUUUAUUUGUCCAGUUGUCCAAGUGUAAAUCAAAAUAAAUGACUUGACAAAUCCCGUGCAACACUUUAUCAACAUUUUUGUAACAUACUAGUUUGCUGUCUUAUUUGCAUUUUAGAAAAUACUGCAAUGAUCAAGCUGGUUAAUAAAAUGGCUGAUUUGAUGUACUGGUAACUACCAGGAAGUUUUUAAGCGUUUCCAUUACGGUGGGCUUCCAGUUUAAACCUGUGAGGCAAUGGUGAUUGAAGGGCAGUCAGUAGAAAUUAUGCUGUUUCGCUAAUGUGACAGUAAAUGUUUGAGUGCAAUAAUGUAAAUGUUUUAUCCUUUUCACCACAAAAUGUGAUCGUACAUUUCCUGUAAAUUGUGUGAUUAACGUGUCUUAAUAGGAAAAUAUGCAUAUUACCUAAUUUAUUUAUUUUUUUGUUUGCUUUUUGGGUGUCUUCAAGUUUUUGGGAUUAUGACCACAGAAGUGUCCAAACUUCAAAAUUUCACCCUGUCAUGUUUGUUUUUCUUUUGUUUACCGUGAAUAACUUUGAGCACUGUGGCUCAUGCAGCUUGUUGCUUUUUUUAAUCACUGUGGCUUUAGUGGCUUUUUGGGGAAGAGAAUUAUUCCGAAUCCUAAUCCAAAUCACAAAUUAUAGUUUAAGUAUAACAUUAGAUGUGGUCAGUUAGUAGAACUGAUCUUUAUUUUUUAACUACUUACAUGUGACACUAAAUGUUGUCACUGACAGGUAUUUUCAUUAUAGAGAAAGAAGAAUGGUAACAGGCUGUUUUGAUUUGAUUGGAGGCAAAUUCCUAAAUGUGAAAGUUUGUUUAGAUGAAGCCAUAAUGUCCCAGAAUGUUUUCUUAAAUUACAUAUAAAUUUGCUCAGGCCAUGUCAAGAUGUUAUGUUAUACACAUUUAAGGGAUACCAGAUGAACUCUGGAGUAUCUUGCGGUUGUAUUAUUUUUUCAAACACAUUUUCUUCAGGGCAGUUACCGUCAACUUUUGAAGGCGUGUUUUACUAAAGGCUGCAUGCCUCGAGGGAGAGAAGGGAACCAGUGCAAACUUCUGCAUUAAGAUUGAUUACAGUCUGGAAUUUUCUUUGCACAGCUUUCAGUAACUCUAAAAGUGUGAUUAUGUUGUCAGUGAACGACAGAGAUAAGUCGUCUGCAGUAAAUCAGAACCUGACUGUCAUGUACAGAAUACAUGUGGUUUCACAUCAUGUGUUGUCUCAGUGUGUUUUUGUUCAUCUGUUUGGCCAAUAAAACAUCAAAAACU